AUGAAGCUGAAAGCGAGGAAAACCCCCCCACCUCCUACAUGUCGUAAAAAACCGGUUAUUUUAUUAUGGACUGGAUGGUUUGGUGGAGAUUGGGCGGUAUCUCAAGGUAACGUGAAGUGUGGUAAUAUGCAGUGUGAAAUAACUUCAAAUCAUGGUCGAUAUAAGAGUAGUGACGCACUGAUAUUUCACGGUGUUAGUCCUCAAGUAAGGAACCCGCAUUAUUAUCCAUCAAAAAGUAGUCGGCCGCCUAAGCAGUUAUGGGUUUUUCGCACUAUGGAAAAUCCCAACAUUGCAGAGAGACUAGGAUGCAAAUUAUCAUCAUUCCAUAAUAACCGAUUUCAUGCAACAAUGAGUUAUACACGUCAAGCCGAUGUCAGAUUAUGCUAUGGUAAAGUGUUAAAAGAACCCCAUGAUGCUACUAACCACAAUAGAAAUUAUGCUGCCGGUAAAACUAAAUUUGCUGCUUGGGUAUCAAGUCAAUGCUAUCCUGGCCGUACUAGUUUUGUCAAAGAUUUAAGUAAGUAUAUAUCUAUUGAUAAGUUCGGACGGUGUGGUAACCAACGUUGUGCAAAGGAUGGAUCGUGUAUGAAAAGAAUUGGAUUACAAUACAAAUUUUAUUUAAGCUUUGAAAACUUCAUUUGUAGAGAUUAUGUAACAGAAAAAUAUUAUCGAAAUGCGAUCGAUAAUAAUUUAAUCCCGAUUGUAGUCGGUGGAGCAAAUUAUAGCGAUGAUGGGAUUGUGCCGCCUCAUUCCUACAUCAAUGCACAAGAUUUCAGUACUGUUGAAGAACUAGCGAACUACUUGAAAAAAGUUGCCGCUAACGAUACCUUAUACAAUAGCUACUUCAAAUGGAAAGAUUCUUAUAAGAUCCUUAGUCCAUGUUCUGCUACCCAAUCUUUUUGUGAAUUGUGCCAUAAGUUAUGCGAUGAUAAAUGGGUUACUGAGAAAUCAAAGAAAACAAUUCCUGAUCUAACUUAUAAAUGGGGUGUUCACCGUGAUAACUGUGUUAAUUAUCCUGACAUUUUCCACAAGGGCAGUGACGGUAAAAUUACUAUUCAUCCAAGAGUUUACUAA